CCCGCCAGCAGAGCGGCCGCAGCAGCCUCCGCCGCCGGCCGGGAGGAAGGAAGGGAGGGAGGAAGGAGCGAGGGAUGCCGGCGCGGCGCUUCCCCGCGGCAGAUUCCUGGGGGGACACAGCUCGCUCUCACGGCUGACGGUCAUCAAAAUGAAGUAGCUUCUUCACCAUCCGAUGAAAACACCGCCGCCGAAACUUUACUUCAAGUCUGCUGAAAAUGGACGUCUUGUGACCUUCCUUCCUUCUGCUGCCCAGUUAGCAGCUGCCCUACAUGAUCCCAUGACUCUUGAUAUGGAUGCUGUCCUCUCAGACUUCGUUCAGUCCACGGGGGCAGAGCCUGGUCUAGCCAGAGACCUGUUGGAAGGCAAAAACUGGGAUUUCACUGCUGCUUUGAAUGACUAUGAACAGCUCAGGCAGGUACAUACAGCCAACCUGCCCCAGGUGUUCAACGAAGGAAGGUAUCCCAAACAGCAGCCGCAGCCAAAGCCGGAUAAAGAACCUACCCAACAGGUGAACAAGAGUGAGCGGCUCUCCUUUCCUAGACAGGAGGACAUCUCCCAAGAGAAGAGGCUUUCUAGAGGAAUCUCUCACGCCAGCUCCGCCAUUGUCUCCCUCGCCCGCUCUCACGUGGCCACCGAGUGUAACAAUGACCACUUCUCUCUGGAGAUGCCCAUCUACACCUUUCAACUUCCCGACCUCAGCGUUUACAGUGAAGACUUCAGGAGCUUCAUCGAGCGGGACCUGAUUGAGCAGGCCACCAUGAUUGCUCUGGAACAAGCGGGUCGCCUCAACUGGUGGUCAACUGCAUGUACCAGCUGCAAGCGUCUUCUUCCCUUGGCCACAACUGGGGAUGGAAACUGCCUCUUGCACGCUGCUUCUUUGGGGAUGUGGGGGUUUCACGACCGAGACCUCGUAUUACGCAAAGCCCUUUACACCAUGAUGAGGAGUGGGGCCGAGAGGGAAGCUCUGAAGAGAAGGUGGCGGUGGCAGCAGACGCAGCAAAACAAAGAGUCCGGACUGGUUUAUACGGAGGAAGAGUGGGAGAAGGAGUGGAAUGAGCUUCUCAAGUUGGCCUCCAGUGAACCCCGCACUCACAUCAGCAAAAACGGAGGUAGCGGCGGUGGAGUGGAGAAUUCUGAAGACCCCGUCUACGAGAGCCUGGAGGAGUUCCACGUUUUUGUCCUGGCCCAUAUAUUAAGGCGACCGAUUGUUGUCGUGGCAGAUACGAUGCUACGGGAUUCAGGAGGAGAAGCCUUUGCGCCCAUCCCCUUUGGUGGGAUUUACUUGCCCCUGGAAGUCAUGCCCAACCGAUGCCAUUGCUCUCCCCUGGUCCUCGCCUAUGACCAAGCUCAUUUCUCGGCCCUUGUCUCAAUGGAGCAGAAAGAUCAGCAGAAGGAGCAAGCGGUGAUCCCUCUGACCGAUUCUGAACAUAAGUUGCUGCCUAUGCACUUUGCGGUUGACCCAGGCAAAGACUGGGAAUGGGGCACGGAUGACGGUGAUAACAUCAAAUUGGCCAAUUUGAUUCUGUCCCUGGAGGCAAAACUUAACCUUCUGCACAGUUACAUGAACGUAACCUGGAUCCGGAUGCCGUCAGAAACACGGGCGCCGUUGGCUCAACCGGAGUCUCCUACGGCCUCAGCCGGAGAAGAUGUCCAGUCGCUGGCAGACUCCAUGGAUUCAGACAGGGACUCCAUCUGUAGUAAUUCCAACGGCAAUAACGGCAAAAAUGGGAAGGAGAAAGAGAAGCAGAGGAAAGACAAGGAGAAGAACCGAGGGGAUUCGGUGGCUAACAAACUUGGAAGCCUCAGCAAGACUCUGGGCAUCAAGCUGAAGAAGAACAUGGGUGGCCUUGGUGGGCUGGUCCAUGGGAAGAUCAACCGAGCCAACGCCGGGAACGGCAAAAACGGGGAGACGGCGGAGAAGGCUAAAGAGAAGAAGUCGAAGUCGCGUAAAGGAAGCAAAGAGGAAUCGGGCCGCUCCGCGAGCACGUCCCCCUCGGAGAAGACCACCCCGUCACCCACGGAGAAGGCGAGUAUCUCCCCUGCAGAAAAAGCCAACUCAAAAUCUCCGUCCGAGAAGCCGCCGGACUCCUGGAAAUACAGCACGGACGUGAAGCUGAGCCUCAACAUCUUGAGAGCCGCCAUGCAAGGAGAGCGGAAGUUCAUAUUUGCCGGCCUUCUCCUGACCAGCCAUCGGCACCAGUUCCACGAGGAGAUGAUCGGCCACUACUUGAGCAGCGCCCAAGAGCGCUUCAGCGCCGAGCAAGAGCAGAAGAGGAAAGAGGCGGAGAAGAAGGCGGCGGCGGCGGCUCUCAGCGGCUCCUCGUCUCGAAAACUGGACCAAGAAGGGUUUUCCAAGGAGAAGUUGGACUCGUCUCCUCAGGGGAGGGCAUCACCAGUGUUGCCUCAAAGCCAUACCACUCAGCUGGUUUUAAAGUUCAAAGACCGCUCCAGCCCCACGCCAGCUUCCUUUUCGUCGCCCAGCAACGGUGCCAAGAAGAGUGGGCCCGUCCCAGUGUCUGCCCAUUAUAGCCAUACGCCCCCCGUCCAAAGGCAGAGCGUCAUCCACUUGCACGACUUCAACGCCAAGCCAUCCAGCUUCCAAGACGACGCCUACAAGCCCGUGGUGGGCACCCUCAAAAGCUGCGCCACCUACCCUCAGCAAAACCGCUCGUUGUCCUCGCAGAGUUACAGCCCGGCCCGGAUAGCCGACAUCCGCACCAUCAACACGGUGGAAUCCUUGGCCUACGCUCUGCCCGCGGAGCCCAAGUCCCAAACGUACACCAAUGGGUUCAACAACAGCAACGACGUUAGAGACAGCUUAGAGUACGUGGACGAAGACGCGCCGCAGACCUGGUUGAACAAUGAGAAGAACCGCAACCGGACUGGAGUUUGCCCUCUGUACGCCAUCCAGCAGAACCGCUGCAAGACGGAGAAUUGCUCCUUUUACGGCCGUCCCGAAACCAAGAACUUCUGUUCCUGCUGUUACAAGGAGGAACUCAAACGCCGCGAGCGGGAGAGUAAAAGGUCCCGGCAUUGAAGACCGUGGAGCUCUCGCCGAAUAAAUAUUUAUUUCCUUCUUUUUCUUACUUAGGACAUACUGUAUGUGGUAAGGGACUGGAAGAGGAAGGACUAGAGGGGGAGGGGAUUCUAGAAAGCGCUAGCUUUUUAAUUUUUUUUCCAGGGAUGGUGGGGACGAGAAAAGAGAGAGCGAGGAUCCUCGGGGAAUCAAGAGUUGGUGGGUUCCCAUUUCGUUGGGUGUCUUUUUCUACAUUCGCUGGUAAUCGGAGGGGGAAUCUUUACUUCUUUGUCAGUGCUGUAUCCGUGUGGUCAAAACUUUACUAAAUGGUGCCUGAAUUCACACUGACAUCACUCAGGUAGUAGAAAGAUUAGGGGAAAAGUCAUAAAAAUAGAAGAUGUGUAAGAUGUGGUAAGUGUACAAAUGUGUCUGCCUCCUGCGGGAGGUCCGAGGCGGGGAACUCCGGCCCAUUUUAUGACGUGUGGACUUCAGAUCCGCGCGUCGACAAACUGAACUCUGGGAGUUGGAGUCCACACGUCGCAGAAGGGCCACACAGUUCCCAUGUUGUAGAUCAUCAUCUCCACAGAAGAAACGUCAUGCCCCAUCGCUCUUCCUCCCUCUCCGUUUUUCUUUUUAAAGGAAGCGAGCAUCGUUAAGGCGUGUUUAGCACAUAUUAACUCACUCACACCCUUGCGACACAACUGUGGUUUUUAUAACCCCCUUUCCCCUACCUACAGACCCACAAAUGAAAGCAUGGGCCUGUGACAACAGCUUUCCUCACCCCCAGCAGAACCGUAUUCGUUCAUUCAUUCCUCUUAGUCAGUGGUCUUCAAC